AUGAGGCAUGGAAAUAUACACGAGCAAGCCACGCUCAUCAGCUCGCGGAAACGAGACGGCUGCUUCAUCCCGCGCCCGCCCGGAGGAAGAAUCGGAGGAGCUCGCCCCCAGGUCGCCGUCGCGUUUCUUCUCCGGCCGUUGCCCAAGAUGGAUGAGAAAGGAAAAUCCAACAAAGGAAAAAAUUGGUCUAGUGAUGAGGACAAGGUUCUCAUAGCAGCAUGGGCAAAUACAAGUUUGGAUAUUGUUGGGACAGAUCAAAAUCGAGAUGCUUAUUGGGAUAGAAUUUCAGAGUACUACAACACACACAAGGAAUCAUCAUGGCCGGAGCGUAAUGCUAAUGCAAUCAAUGGCCGUUGCACAACGAUUAACAGAGAGACCUCUAAAUUUUGUGGUUGCCUUCAGCAGAUUUUAAAUAGGCAAGAAAGUGGAAGGACUAUAGAAAAAAAGACAAACGAUGCACACAUUUUGUUCAAGGAAAUGGAUCUUAAAAAAAAGAAGCCUUUCACACUGAUGCAUUGCUAUGUAGAGUUUUCGAAGUAUCCAAAGUGGCAGACAAGAGAAGUUAAAACUUCUCUUAAGAAACAAAAGAAGACCAUUGAUGCAAGUCCGGGCACAGCCACCAAUGAUCUGGGUGAUGCAUCCUCGGUACGUACUGAUGCUACCUCGAUACGCACUGAUGCUCUUGAACAUGAGAAAAGACCUGAUGGUGUGAAGAAGGAUAAGAGAGGUAAAGCUGAUGACAGUGCUUGCAAGCUGUCAUUAGAAACUGUGUGGGCAGCAAAUCUAGAGAAGGAUGAGAUCAAAGAGGCGGCAAGAAAUGCUCGCUACGCACAGCAAUUGGAAUUGCGAAAAGAGGAGAUUGCACUCAAAAAGAAUGAAGAUGCACGAAAUGAGAGGGAGGAUGCACGGAGACAGUUUGAAUUAGAUGAGAGGGUCAUGCUCAUCGACACUAGUGGUAUGACUGAUGUGCUAAAGCAGUUCUACCAAGAUAAGCAGAAGGAGAUCCUUGCUCGCGGCCUGGGGUAA